AGUACCGAGGUGAAGAAAGCAGUAAGAUGAUGUUCUUCAGACGAUGCCAUUUUAUAUGGAUCUUAAUAAUCUGCGAAUCUGUUUCAGGAGAUGAUUUGACUAAAGCGGUGAAUAGUGAAACUACGUUCACUCCAGUGACUGGAUCGGUUGCUCCUAGUACCACCAGCAUUACAUGGAAACACAGAGACAAUAAUGGAGCUGUUGUGAAGGUCAUUGAAUGGGAUCGGGAGGAUGACAGCACUGACAUUCCCAACGCCAACUUCAAAUCCCACGCAACUCUGGACAAAAGCACUGGAAAUCUUAACCUAAAAUAUCUGCAGCUCAAACACAGCGGAGUUUACACCAUCGACAUCAACAGCAAGGAGCAAAGAAAACAAUUCACCCUGACUGUUAUAGAGCCUGUCAGCAAACCUCAAAUUGUAAAAACAUGCUCUCUGGAAGAUGUUAGUGUAUGUUUCUUGAGCUGUGAGGGUGAAGCCUCUUCUGAAAGUAGAGUCAUUUGGAAAUACUGGGAUGGAGAGAAGCUACAUGAACAGUAUCCUAAUGUGAGGACAUUAACAGUGGCCAACAACAGUAACCCAGACAGCCACUACACCUGCACAUUGAAAAAUGCAGUGAGUGAGGAGACCAGUGAUCCAAUGUAUUUGAAAGAUCUGUUUCAUGAUUCAAACGCAGAAACUGUCAUUGCAGUCAUCAUUUCUUUCAUUGUUUUGAUCUCUGUGAUCGCUGUGAUGGUUGCUGUCAUCCUUUUCCUAAAAAGACGUCAAAUAAGUGGUCAUAAUACUACUCGCCGUGGGAAACAAACGAUUUCCAGGAUGCAAAGCCACACAUGGAUCUUCUUGCCCCAUUUGUCUGGUCAUCGGCUCUAAAUCCCAGCUUUACUAAAGCAACUGGAGCUCCUAACCAUCUGUGCCUUCAUAACUUUGACUGUUGCUUUUGGACCUCUCCGUCUCCUGGACCUGGUUGAUGGUGUUGGAACUUCAUACUUUGGUUUGAUUAAACAACCCCACAAACAGCAUCACCAGCUCCACUUAUUAAUAACCAGACAUCUACAGAAGAUCUUAUUGAGAA